UUCGUGGUGCUAUACUGCGUGCUCUUGACAGCGCAAUCGGCCUGUGAAAAAAUCCAACGCUAUUAUUUUGUUACAAACGUAAUUUCACAACGUUUAAAACAAGUGUAUUGUGAACAUAAUAUAAAAUGCAGCAACUAACCAUAUUUAUGGACAUAGAGAGUUCUCGGUCAUAUAUCGACGAGUUGUACUCCACUGAUGGCGGGAAGAUCGUGGAAGCGCUGGUGACGUUGAAGAACACAGUGAUCGGGAGUAAUCGGCAGAAGAGUUCUGUGAUCCAGCAAGGGAUCGUGCCGCGCUUGCUGCAGCUCAUGGCGGACGAGUCUCUGGAUCCAAACAUACGAGUGGAGGCUACAAUCACUAUCGGUUCUCUAGCAAAAGGCACAGCAGAGAACGUAGCAUCAUUAGUCGAGCAAGGCACAGCAACAGUACUUGUGGAGUUACUGAAAACCGUGCCAGUGGAGUCGAAGCUUGCCGAGGCAGUGCUGUGUGCCCUGAGAAGUGUGUUCCUUUAUCCGCCUGCGCCAGUGGCAGCCUUGCCGGCGGACAUGAUGCUUUUAACGAGGUUGACACAGAUAGCCCGCGAGGGCUCGGACCUCGCUCGCGGCUGCGUGGUCCGCGUGCUGUCUCUCUGGUGCACGGGCACCGCGGAGCAGGAAGCCCUGUGCGCCGCGGGCGCGUGCGGCGCCGCGGCGGCCCUGUUACACUCCGCCCCACCUAGAGCGUUACCCGCACUGGAUCUACUCGCUGCUAUGUGCUUUGAGAACGCCAGCGUUUCACAGCAAGCCAUGAAUACUAGGUAUAAAGACCGAGCAAUACCAGAGCUCCUCACCUAUCUAGUGUCUAGAGACAAGCCUUUACCAGUGGCCAUGGGCGCCGCCCGCUGUCUGACCUACAUGCACAGGGCGGGCGCGCUCACCGCCGACGACAGUAGAGUUGUGUUCGGAGCAUUGCCCUGCCUCGCGCGUCUAUGCACAAAGGAAAUGCCGGAGGAGAUCAGAGCCACGGCGGCGGAAACAUUAGCAUAUUUAGCAGAAGUAGACACAUCAUUACAAAGGCUAGCGGCCAUAUCGAACCACCUAAUGAGCUCUCUAGCGGACAUCGUCAACUGCAACAGUGCUGCGGCCAAACAGGGCGCGUUCAAAUGCUUCGCUUCCCUCGGUGCAAAUGAUGAAGACAUUAGGAAGAGGAUUAUUGAGACGCACGGGCUCAUGGUGCAUGUGGUCAAUGGGAUGAACAACCCGGAGCCUGCGGUGCGACUAGCGGCAGUAAGAUGUUUACACUCCCUCUCAAGAUCAGUUCAGCAAUUACGGACGACGUUUCAGGACCAUGCAGUGUGGAGACCUCUAAUGCAACUGCUGAGUGACUCGCCCGGCACUGAACUCCUGACCGUCGGCUCGUCCACUCUCUGCAAUCUGCUGUUAGAAUUCUCACCUGCCAAGGAGCCUAUGCUGGAUCAAGGUGCUGUAGAAAUGUUGUGCAAUUUGACGAAAAGGCCAGAAGCUGCUUUAAGACUGAACGGUAUUUGGGCAUUAAUGAAUAUGGCUUUUCAGGCGGAGCAAAAAGUCAAACAACGCAUCUUAUCCUGUCUCGGCACAGAGCAAAUGUUCAGACUACUGAGCGACGCAGAUACACGGGUUAUAAUGAAAACUCUGGGCUUGCUACGGAAUCUGUUGUCCACAAGGCAACAUAUUGACGCUAUUAUGAGCGAAUAUUCCUCGCAAGUUAUGCAGGCGGUGAUAGUAGUACUGGAAGGCUCGUACCCCGCUGAAGUGAAGGAGCAAGCGUUGUGUAUACUCGGUAACAUUGGCGACGGCGAGAAGGCCAAGGACCUCAUCAUGGCCAACGAGGACGUGCUGAGGAAACUCGUCGAUUACCUGGCUCACCCGGAGAGCAAGCUGCAGGAGGCGGCGCUGUUCGUGGCCGGCAACCUGGUGUGGCGCGGCGAGGCGGGCGCCGCGGCGCGCCAGGCGCGGCUCGCCGAGCUCGGCGUGCUGCGCGCGCUGCAGCUGCUGCGCCAGCGCAAGGACCACCAGCUGCACGACAACACACCCGGAGAGCAAGCUGCAGGCAACCUGGUGUGGCGCGGCGAGGCGGGCGCCGCGGCGCGCCAGGCGCGGCUCGCCGAGCUCGGCGUGCUGCGCGCGCUGCAGCUGCUGCGCCAGCGCAAGGACCACCAGCUGCACGACAACACACCCGGAGAGCAAGCUGCAGGCAACCUGGUGUGGCGCGGCGAGGCGGGCGCCGCGGCGCGCCAGGCGCGGCUCGCCGAGCUCGGCGUGCUGCGCGCGCUGCAGCUGCUGCGCCAGCGCAAGGACCACCAGCUGCACGACAAGUGCGUACCCAUCCACCACUACUACUAUACCGAGCACACCCGGAGAGCAAGCUGCAGGCAACCUGGUGUGGCGCGGCGAGGCGGGCGCCGCGGCGCGCCAGGCGCGGCUCGCCGAGCUCGGCGUGCUGCGCGCGCUGCAGCUGCUGCGCCAGCGCAAGGACCACCAGCUGCACGACAAGUGCGUACCCAUCCACCACUACUACUAUACCGAGCACACCCGGAGAGCAAGCUGCAGGCAACCUGGUGUGGCGCGGCGAGGCGGGCGCCGCGGCGCGCCAGGCGCGGCUCGCCGAGCUCGGCGUGCUGCGCGCGCUGCAGCUGCUGCGCCAGCGCAAGGACCACCAGCUGCACGACAAGUGCGUACCCAUCCACCACUACUACUAUACCGAGCACACCCGGAGAGCAAGCUGCAGGCAACCUGGUGUGGCGCGGCGAGGCGGGCGCCGCGGCGCGCCAGGCGCGGCUCGCCGAGCUCGGCGUGCUGCGCGCGCUGCAGCUGCUGCGCCAGCGCAAGGACCACCAGCUGCACGACAAGUGCGUACCCAUCCACCACUACUACUAUACCGAGCACACCCGGAGAGCAAGCUGCAGGCAACCUGGUGUGGCGCGGCGAGGCGGGCGCCGCGGCGCGCCAGGCGCGGCUCGCCGAGCUCGGCGUGCUGCGCGCGCUGCAGCUGCUGCGCCAGCGCAAGGACCACCAGCUGCACGACAAGUGCGUACCCAUCCACCACUACUACUAUACCGAGCACACCCGGAGAGCAAGCUGCAGGCAACCUGGUGUGGCGCGGCGAGGCGGGCGCCGCGGCGCGCCAGGCGCGGCUCGCCGAGCUCGGCGUGCUGCGCGCGCUGCAGCUGCUGCGCCAGCGCAAGGACCACCAGCUGCACGACAAGUGCGUACCCAUCCACCACUACUACUAUACCGAGCACACCCGGAGAGCAAGCUGCAGGCAACCUGGUGUGGCGCGGCGAGGCGGGCGCCGCGGCGCGCCAGGCGCGGCUCGCCGAGCUCGGCGUGCUGCGCGCGCUGCAGCUGCUGCGCCAGCGCAAGGACCACCAGCUGCACGACAAGUGCGUACCCAUCCACCACUACUACUAUACCGAGCACACCCGGAGAGCAAGCUGCAGGCAACCUGGUGUGGCGCGGCGAGGCGGGCGCCGCGGCGCGCCAGGCGCGGCUCGCCGAGCUCGGCGUGCUGCGCGCGCUGCAGCUGCUGCGCCAGCGCAAGGACCACCAGCUGCACGACAAGUGCGUACCCAUCCACCACUACUACUAUACCGAGCACACCCGGAGAGCAAGCUGCAGGCAACCUGGUGUGGCGCGGCGAGGCGGGCGCCGCGGCGCGCCAGGCGCGGCUCGCCGAGCUCGGCGUGCUGCGCGCGCUGCAGCUGCUGCGCCAGCGCAAGGACCACCAGCUGCACGACAAGUGCGUACCCAUCCACCACUACUACUAUACCGAGCACACCCGGAGAGCAAGCUGCAGGCAACCUGGUGUGGCGCGGCGAGGCGGGCGCCGCGGCGCGCCAGGCGCGGCUCGCCGAGCUCGGCGUGCUGCGCGCGCUGCAGCUGCUGCGCCAGCGCAAGGACCACCAGCUGCACGACAAGUGCGUACUGUAG